UCCCUACUCGCGGUACAGGCACCGACUCGAGGUCAGUCUCAGGUUGAAUUUCACCUGCAACUCGGCCCCGAUGUAGUGUGCCACCACCGCCGCUGCUACACUACCGUCGUUCAAUCACUUCAUCUUAUAAUCAUUGUACUUCAUCUUAUAAUGAAAUAACUUCACAAGAGAAAUGAAAACAUUUUGGUUAAAAUGAGCCAAAAUUUGAACAGUCCAAAAUAAAUAACUUCAUCUUAUGAUAUAAUUUCUCCAUCUUAUAAUUACAUUACUUCAUCUUAUAAUCAAAUAACUUCACCCGAGAAAUGAAAAUAACUUAUAAUAAUGCAUUAUGAAUAAAUAGCCCCUGGUAUGAAGUAAAUUGCUCUUAGGAUGAAUGAUGAAAAUUAUUUGUACAAUAUCUCAUCUCAUCCAUAAAAAAUUAGAUCCAAUGGCUAAUAUUUGGUCUCUAGUUCUACACUAAGGAGAUGUUGUGCAAAUAAAGGGACUAUAUAUAUAUAUAUAUAUAUAAACGUUAAACUCAUUUUCUCCCCUUAGAUUUAAGUUUCUUCGCAAUCUCGGUCGUUGGAUCAGGAGGAUAGACGUUCUUGAUUAAAAUCAUAUUUAUCAUCCCGCGCUUCAUUAUUUGACCAAUUUGGUGCAUCAUGAGGGUGAAUUAGUCAUUCUCUGUAAUCAAAACCGCUGAAAACAUAUUGUGCGAAAUUUAAGCGGGAUCUCCCUACUACUUUCCAUCGACUCAAUACAACAUCCAUCAUCACUCGCAUUUACUCACAAUCUCUCUCCCGAAUCUCUCGCUUGACGCGUCUUCCCAAUUUCAAAAGCGUGCAAAAACCCUAGCCGCCGCCACUCAAAAUCGCGCCGUUUUCUCAGAAAUUCUCCCUGGGUUGCCUUGAUUUCCAAUAACCCUUCCUGGUUUGAAAAGAUUUCACUGCGCUACAACAACAGAUUUUAUAAUGACUAAAAGAGGAAGACCUUCCAAUUCACAAUAAUCCCAGAAAGAUGUUGAGGAUGAACAUAGAAGAUGCUGUGGAUGAUCUACUGCCGGUUGGAAUAGCCCAGACAUUCCGCGCACGAAUUACGGAAGCAUCAACCAGCUCCGCACAAAAUGACUGUGAUGACAAAAAGAACAAAGCCAGAAGGGACGACUAUUUAUACUGUCGACGUACACCUGCAGAGUUCUUGUCCUGCUUGAAGAGUCUUACGCCGCAGCAAAAGGAAGCUGUGGCCGAACUAGGAUUUCAAUCUAUCCUGUGUUUCGAUGCCAGGGAGAUUCCAGGCCAACUGGCCUAUUGGGUGCUAAGCGCGUUCAAUCUAGCUCGAUGCCAGAUUGGAUUGUCAGGAGGUGGAAACCUAGAUCUGGAUGAGGAAGACGUCCAUUUGACGUUAGGAUUUCCUCGUGGCCGAACACCUAUCUCACGGCCAAUGGAACAUCAUAGCAACUUCACCUUCAACGACAUGGUUGCUGCCCGAUGUGGGAAGGGGCGUUUUAAAAUGAUCCCAAAGGACAUUUCCCACCUGAUGAUGCAGGAGGUGAAUGGCAGCGACUUCUUCAAGAAGCUCUUCAUGUUCCUGUUGGAAAAUGCGUUGAUAGAGACCCCGUCUGACGGCCAUUGCAAACCGAAGAUUCUUAAUUUCAUAGAUGAUGUGGACGAAAUUAGGAACCUAAACUGGUGUGGUUACGUCCUGUCUGUGCUCGAGGCUACGUACCCUAGCUGGGCAACCCGCCAGAGUGUGAACUUUAGCGGUCCAAUCUACCUUUUGGUGGGGGCUUAUGUCGACCGUGUGGUUUAUUGCUGGAGAAGGGUGAUCCGUUCUUGGCCAACGAUCAAAGGUUGGACAACAGAGGCUUUGUAGCAAAGGGCUGACGUGGAGCACGGCCAGUACGGAACUGGCAGGCUGGAAGGAAGGGUCGAUAAGAAUAGCUGGCUGGAGGAAGAGGAACGAAGGAAGGAAGAAGUGGAUACCAUAGGAGAGCACGCAGCACCUGGCCGACGCAAAGCAUACGGCCUCAGAAAAAAGUUUGUUGCGUCGAGCGCCCUGAUGGCACGGGCAAUUUCUGCAUGGGUGGUUGACUUCAAUCAAAUCCCAGUGGAAUUGCUGGAUGACGAGUGCUUCCGUGUUGGAAGCCAGAUUGGGAAAAAAUUACUGGGAAUUGAGGAUCAAACUGUGGUGGCGGACGAGGAUAUUGUGACGAGGCUGACGCAGGCGAAGGACGAUGAGGAAGAAUACAGUCCUGAGUGGAUCGUUGAGUUAGAAAAAAUGAUGGCGGCAUAUGAUAAAAAAAAAGACAUUGAACAAGAGCACCACCAGGCCUUCUUUUGUCCUAGAUGGCUUCGAUUGCCCUGACCCUUUCGCCACACAACCAUCAAAUGGAGCUGGGGGGAGUGGUACUGGCGGCACAAAGCCGCCAAUUGCUGACAUUACACCGGAAGUCCCAAUCAUUGGGCAGCCGGGAGGUGAAGAUGUCGAAGGAGAUGUCGGCAUUCCCGAGCCGUUUGAUUACGAAAUCCCGGAUGUCAUGCACACUGGAGCAGGUGUUAAAGAACAACAGCUCCCGCCAUCAGACUUAGCGGUUGGCGGGGGAUUGCGGAGCACCGCUGAGGCACAGGUGAAUGCUUCCGUAGGAGAACCUGUCCGCGAUGCUUUUGAGGGAGGGGCAGACGCCGGCGUUGGCGGCCAAACAAAGAAAUGCAAGACAUCAACAACGGGUGUAAAGAUAGGAGCAUUGGGUCAGGAGGGUGGAGCUGUAAUGGACAAUGCCAAGGACGACAACACACAACCAAAAAGUAAGGGGGGCGCAACAAAGGGAAAGAAUGGGAAAGAGCCGCUGGCUCAUAAGAAUCGACCCCAGUGUAAGGGUAAGCGACCGGUUAUUGACGAGUCUAGAGCGGGUGUGAAUUUGAUGGAAAUGGUCAUGCCAACUGUGGUUUCGCACGACAAAGGAAAGGGAAAGGCGAUACAGAAGCAUGCUGGAGAUGUGGAGGAGACCGGGGCGGUGGCUAGAAUCAAAAAGGCAAGUCUGGCUGCAAGGUCGCCGUUCAAUGAGAGGGCUGUUAGACUUACAACCAAAGCCAACAUUGUGGACAGAGAGUUGUAUUAUUGGGUGCUAAGCACGGUAGCCACAAAGAAGGACAAUGUUGUCUACAAGGACAGCUUCAGGGAAACAUUGCAUGGGGAGUUCCAAUCAUGUGUUCCAUUCAACAGGAUCAGCCCUGCAAUUGUAGACACCUGGACUUCUUAUUUGAACAACAUGGAGCAGAUAAAAGCGUCAGAGACAGUGUCUAGGCUAUUCUUCUCCACGAGUCCUUGCAUGGAAACCGUUGUCGACGCUCGACGGAGUGGAAUGAGAAGCAACAACUAGAUACAUUCUGGACCAGACUGUUCGGAGAAGCGCUAGGAAUGAGAAACCUUCAAUGGGAGACAUAUGAUAUGUUGCUUUGUGCAUAGUUCGGCUGACACUGUGCAUUAUUUGCCUAGAAAAUACACAUUACGAUCUUUUUCCCAAUAUAGGGUGCAUCGCAGCAGUAUGUGGUAUGUUUUGAUUUGCCCGAUGGAAAAUUGAAUAUCAUAGACCACAGUUUGGCAGAACCGCACGCCUCCUUCGAAGCCAAGUACGGCAAGACACCUUCUUUUCUGAAAAAAUUCUUGGCUGAGGCACUCACGAGGUGCAAAGUUCCUAAAAUGGCAACCAGGUGCGAAAGUGCAGAACCCACAUGGUCACCAUGCCUUGGAGGAACAACAACUUCCUUAACGAGGCAGGUAUCUACGUCAUGCGGCACAUGGAAACCUAUUUUGGUGAAAGGGAGAAGGACUGGGAAUGUGGCCUUAAUGCAAGUGGAACUAAAAGUGUGGAGAUGUUCCGCAUCAAAUAUGCAAGGACCCUCCUGACGUGUGUUUACAACACUAGAGGUGGUGUCAACCAGAAGAAGGCAACGCGCUUUUGGAAAGAGAAGCCGGCGAAAUUCAACUUUGAAAUUGGGUCCACCUAUACGGUCUUGAGUGAUGUGUGGUAUGCAUUACACAAAUCGUGAUGGGACAAGUAAUGGCAGCGUUUGAGUAAACUCUUGAAUUUUAUGAUUAUCUUAUUUUUUGUGAAGUACAGUUAUUCGAACAUCUAUUAGUAUGAAUAUUGGG